GGGAGUGUGAGUGAGCGAGGCGGCGGCGCCGGGCAGGGGAUCCCGGCAGGCCCGGGAGGAGGCCGCGCUCCUUCUCUCCCGCCAUGGCCGACAACGAGAAACUGGAUAACCAACGGCUGAAGAACUUCAAGAACAAAGGCCGCGACCUGGAGACUAUGAGAAGACAACGAAAUGAAGUUGUCGUGGAGUUAAGAAAGAACAAGAGAGAUGAACACCUGUUAAAGAGAAGAAAUGUACCCCAUGAAGAUAUCUGUGAAGAUUCAGAUAUAGAUGGUGAUUUCAGAGUGCAAAACACCUCAUUGGAGGCAAUAGUUCAGAAUGCUUCAAGUGACAACCAGGGUAUCCAGUUAAGUGCAGUGCAGGCUGCAAGGAAGCUUCUUUCCAGUGAUCGCAAUCCACCGAUUGAUGACUUAAUAAAAUCUGGAAUACUACCUAUUUUAGUGCACUGUCUUGAAAGAGAUGACAAUCCUUCUUUACAGUUUGAAGCUGCAUGGGCUUUGACAAACAUUGCAUCUGGAACCUCUGAACAAACACAGGCUGUAGUUCAAUCUAAUGCUGUGCCACUUUUUCUGAGGCUGCUGCAUUCACCCCAUCAAAAUGUGUGUGAGCAAGCAGUAUGGGCUUUAGGCAAUAUCAUAGGUGAUGGACCCCAGUGUCGAGAUUAUGUUAUUAGUCUUGGAGUGGUGAAACCUCUGCUGUCCUUCAUCAGUCCAUCUAUUCCCAUAACAUUCUUAAGGAAUGUUACUUGGGUCAUGGUCAACUUAUGCCGUCACAAAGACCCACCUCCACCGAUGGAAACCAUUCAGGAGAUCCUUCCAGCCCUCUGUGUUUUAAUUCACCACACAGAUGUAAAUAUAUUGGUAGAUACAGUCUGGGCCCUCUCCUACCUAACGGAUGCUGGCAAUGAACAGAUCCAGAUGGUGAUAGACUCUGGAAUAGUCCCUCAUUUGGUUCCCCUUCUGAGCCACCAAGAAGUUAAAGUGCAAACUGCUGCACUCAGAGCUGUAGGCAACAUUGUUACUGGUACUGAUGAACAGACACAAGUAGUUCUGAAUUGUGAAGCUCUUUCACACUUCCCAGCACUGCUGACACAUCCCAAAGAAAAAAUUAAUAAGGAAGCCGUAUGGUUCCUAUCUAACAUCACUGCAGGAAACCAGCAGCAAGUUCAGGCGGUGAUAGAUGCUAACCUUGUUCCAAUGAUAAUACACCUUUUAGAUAAGGGUGAUUUUGGUACACAGAAAGAAGCUGCUUGGGCUAUAAGCAACUUAACAAUCAGUGGAAGAAAAGAUCAAGUGGCAUAUCUAAUUCAACAAAAUGUAAUUCCUCCCUUUUGCAACUUGUUAACAGUAAAAGAUGCUCAAGUUGUACAAGUAGUGCUGGAUGGACUAAGUAAUAUAUUAAAAAUGGCUGAAGAUGAAGCGGAGACCAUAGCCAAUCUUAUAGAAGAGUGUGGAGGGCUGGAGAAAAUUGAACAGCUACAAAAUCAUGAAAAUGAAGACAUCUACAAACUGGCUUAUGAGAUCAUUGAUCAAUUCUUCUCUUCAGAUGAUAUUGAUGAAGAUCCUAGCCUUGUUCCAGAGGCAAUACAAGGUGGAACAUUUGGUUUCAAUUCAUCUGCCAAUGUACCAGCAGAAGGGUUCCAGUUUUAGAGUGAUAUUUUGGCAGUUAGGUACAAUGCAGCACUGAAUAAAAAAUGGUUUGACCCAUC